UUCCUCCUCUUCCUCCUCCUCCUCUUCUUCCUCCUUCUCCUCCUCCCUCCUCUUCCCCACCUUCCUCCACCCUCCCUUCCCCUCCCCUCCUCCUCCUCCUCCUCCGGCUCAGGUUGCAGCUUCUGGGACAGCGGCUCACCUAUCCCGAGCCAGGGAAGCGGCUGAGCGCCGGCUAGGGACCCCAGCCCCGCGGGCCCCCGGCGGCCCCAGGACGCUCGCGGAGAGUCCCGCGGGCGGCGCGCCGGGGCCGGGGAGGUCGCAGGAGGGGGCACCGCGGCGCCGGGCCAGCGGAGCAAAGGGCCCUGCUGCCGGCCCCAAGGAUCAUGAGCAAGAUGAAGAACUUCAGGCGCCGUUUCUCCCUGUCCGUGCCCCGCACAGAGACCAUCGAGGAGUCGCUGGCCGAAUUCACCGAGCAGUUCACCCAGCUCCACAACCAGCGGAACGAGGACCUGCAGCUCGGUGGAGACCCCCAGCCGGAGCCCAGCACCUUGUCGCCCGCAGACAGCAGGGAGGAGCUGGGGCACCCAUCCCCCAGCACGCAGUACCGCCGGCCGCAGAGCCAGCGCCGCUUCUCCAUGGAGGACAUCAGCAAGAGGCUCUCCCUGCCCAUGGAUAUCCGCCUGCCCCAGGAAUUCCUGCAGAAGCUACAGCUGGAGAACCCAGACCUGCCCAAGCCGCUCAGCCGCAUGUCCCGCCGCGCCUCCCUGUCGGACAUCGGCUUUGGGAAACUGGAAACCUACGUGAAACUGGACAAGCUGGGGGAGGGCACCUACGCCACCGUCUUCAAAGGGCGCAGCAAACUGACCCAGAACCUCGUGGCCCUGAAGGAGAUCCGGCUGGAGCACGAGGAGGGGGCACCCUGCACUGCCAUCCGAGAGGUGUCACUGCUGAAGGACCUGAAACACGCCAACAUCGUGACCCUGCACGACCUCAUCCACACCGACCGCUCCCUCACUCUGGUCUUUGAGUACCUGGACAGUGACCUGAAGCAGUAUCUGGACCACUGUGGGAACCUCAUGAGCAUGCACAAUGUCAAGAUCUUCAUGUUCCAGCUGCUCCGCGGCCUGGCCUAUUGCCACCGCCGCAAGAUCCUGCACCGGGACCUCAAACCCCAGAACCUGCUCAUCAACGACAGAGGCGAGCUGAAGCUGGCAGACUUCGGACUGGCUCGGGCCAAGUCAGUGCCCACCAAGACCUAUUCCAACGAGGUGGUGACCUUGUGGUACCGGCCCCCAGAUGUGCUGCUGGGAUCCACCGAGUACUCCACCCCCAUCGACAUGUGGGGCGUGGGCUGCAUCCACUACGAGAUGGCCACAGGGAGGCCCCUCUUCCCCGGCUCCACGGUCAAGGAGGAGCUGCACCUCAUCUUCCGACUCCUCGGGACCCCGACAGAAGAGACCUGGCCCGGGGUGAUGGCCCUGUCUGAGUUCCGAGCCUACAACUUCCCUCGGUACCUCCCGCAGCCCCUGCUCAGCCACGCUCCCAGGUUGGAUCCCGAUGGCAUCGGCUUCCUGAGCAGCCUCCUCCUGUACGAAUCCAAGAGUCGCCUGUCAGCAGAGGCCGCCCUGAGGCACCCCUAUUUCCGGUCGCUGGGGGAGCGCGUGCACCAGCUGGAAGACACCGCCUCCAUCUUCUCACUGAGGGAAGUCCAGCUCCAGAAAGACCCAGGCUACCGCGGCCUGGCCAGCCAGCCACCAGGACGGGCGAAAAGCCGGCGGCAGAGCAUCUUCUGAGCUGGGCGCAUCUGCCCUGGCCCCAGGGGUGAGAGGUCGCGCCAAGCAGUUUCGGACAGGAUGCGGCUGAGACCGGUGGCUGGGUUGGAGGACUGCUUGGCAACCCUGCCGACCACGGCUGUUUCCCCUCCCUGCUGCCCACACACCUCCCGGGGCCUUUGCCGGACACGACCCCUCCAUCACCCACUGUGGAGCUGGCUGUGAGCUGCUUCCCUGAGAGAGGGGAGGGCAGGGAAGGGGGCCCCGGCUGCUCUCCCACCCCAGUGUGCCCGGGCACCAGCUUACAGGAGAUACGCUGUCGGUACAGCGACCAACAGGUACUGGAGACUUCACAGGCCAGGCUGAGUGCCACGCCCAGGUUGCGGGCUCCAUCUUGCCACACUCACCAGAGUGGGGAGCCCUGUCCUGGCCCUGGGCGCCCACACACGUCUCACCCUCUUUCUUUCUAAAGAGAGUAGGAAAGGACACGGCACCCAGACUGGGCGCCUGGAGCCCUGGGGCCUCAUGAGUGCCCAAGCCCUGAGAGGCAGGUGCCCCCAGGGCAGCAGAAGGAACCAGCAUCCCCCACCUUCCUCCUCCUCCCCCUUGCUGGGUGCCAUCUGCACCCGAGGAUGUCCUGGCCACCCCCGUGAGCCCUGCCCACCUCCCGAAUCGGAAUGGAGUUGCCUUAAGUUGGCAGGUGGAACAGCACCCACUGCCCUUGGAGCUGCGACCCAGCUCCUACCUGUCCCUUGCCUAUCUUAUCACCCCAGAGCACCAACAGCCUGGGGAUAGCGCCAGAUAUGCAGGGUCACCCUGACGCUGGUGACCGAUUGGCCCUGGCUCCUGGGGGCUGAGAGAGGGGGAGGGGAGGGGGCCCUGGCUGCUCUCCCACCCCAGUGUGCCCCGGGUACCAGCGUGGCACAGCCUCCCUCGUCCUCUCCUUCCCCACCUGUGGCUCUAUCUACCUGAUCCUGGUACCAGCUUCCCUGGGCCCCUCCGGCCUGCCCGGAGGGUGGUCGCGAGCUGGAGGGGUGGGUGCGCAUGCCCAGUCUGAGGUGGAGUAGCCUUUUCUCCUGAGGGCCCCACCCCAGGGGCCCGGAGCGCCAGGGGCCACCACCCCAAGGAGGGCGCCCCUCUCGCAUUCACGACUUGAACGUCAGAGGCCGAGGGGAGGCUGGGUCCUGCCCUCCCCACCAGGUUGCACCCAAGUCUCAGGCUCCCCCAGCUCUGUCCCCACUGUACUGUGAACAUCCUGGGACUUGGCGCCAAGACAGAUAAUAUAUUUAAUCCACGUGGUAACAAAA